UCUGUAACAUACAUAUCUUAUUGAAAUUUGGCACAGAUACAAAACUAAGUUUGGAGUACACAUGGGAUGUGAGGUUCAUCCCUCAGAUAUGUCCGGUUCCGAAGGGACACGUAGUUUAUUUACAUAGUUCGUCUGUUUUCUAAUACCACGCGGACGAAUUUAGUGAAUAAUAAAUUUGUCGGGAGUGAUAAUGGAUUGAGUACGAGUAGAAUACCCAAGUUAUUUCUUUAACUCAACGCACAACUCACAUUAAGGAUUACGUCUACCCUUUAUUAUUCAGAGACAAUUUAACAUUAAAAUGGUAAAAGAACUUUUCUAAAUCUUUCCUCUUCACAAAAUAAAUUUAUAUUUGUAAAAAAUGAACGUAUUCAAUUCCAUUCGUGAGCCUGCCCCCAUUGAACGAUACCCCUCCUUAGUCCAAGUAAACGCUCUUAGCAUCGUCAACACUUGGGUAGAAUACUGUGCGGCGAACAUUCUUACUACAAGAUAUAUUCUUUCCGCUGCACAUUGCUUUAGUGGAUUCCUGUACGCGCCGUCCAGACGCCGCAUCAGGGCGGGUACGGCUGAGCAGCACGUCGGAGGCAUGGUAGUCUACGUGGACAGGGAGUUCAACCAUCCCAGCUACGGUCUCUUGGGCGAGGACGGUGAUAUCACCGUUGUGCGACUGCGGUCGCCUCUGGUCUACUCACCCGUCAUCCAGCAGGCCACUAUUGUCGCUCAAGGUUCCCAAGUACCAGAUAAUGUGCCCGUCGUAUAUGCUGGAUGGGGUGCUAUGUGGUCUAAUGGGCCUUCUUCUGAUAUCCUGCUGGACACAACAGUUUACACGGUCAACAACAAGGAGUGUACGGAAAGGUACAAGACUUCUCCCCGACAAGACAUCGUUACCGAGAACAUGAUAUGCGCUGGUCUCCUUGACGUCGGUGGUAAAGACGCCUGCCAAGGUGACUCCGGUGGACCACUGUACUAUGGCAACAUCGUUGUGGGUAUCAUAUCCUUCGGUGAGGGUUGCGCUAACGCUACCUUCCCAGGAGUCAACGCCGCAGUCGCCUCAUACACUGACUGGAUUGUGGCAACAGCUGUUUAAGGAUUACUGUCGAUUUAUUAAUAAUAAAUAAUGUCUUGAGUUUUGAUGCUA